AUGACCUCGGGAAUCGUUCAACCGCAGACACACCGCGGUGAUGGCAGCGGGGCAUCCGCCCACAUUCCAGUGGUCGAUUUCUCCAGAUGGGUCCCAGAAAACACACCAGAAGAACGGAUGAAAGUCGCAAAAGAGAUCGUGUCCGCAUGCCAGAAUGUUGGCUUUGCAUAUAUCAUUAAUCAUGCCAUUUCCCCGGAGCGGCUGGCGGAGUUGUUCGCUUGGUCAGAAAAGUUUUUUGCGCUCAGCGCGGAAGAAAAGCUCCAAGCGCCACAUCCAGAGGGUUCCUUAAUCUAUCGCGGAUAUUCCUGGCCGGGCCUCGAGAAGGUAUCUCAGGUGAUGAGCGAUGUAGCUUUGCCAGAAUUGGCGAAGAAGCUACGAGAGGUUACCGAUUAUAAGGAAAGUUAUGAUAUGGGGAGCGACGAAGCUUCGCACCAGCCAAACGUCUGGAUUCUUGAAGAUACACUCCCUGGCUUCCGAGACUUUAUGACCAAGUUCUAUUGGGAAUGCUUCGGAGUUGCUAGCGACAUUCUCAGAGCAAUAUCCAUUGGUAUUGGUCUUGAAGAUGAGAAUCACCUUCUUAAAUUGCACUCUGGCCACAACAAUCAGCUUCGGCUUCUCCAUUAUCCUUCUGUGCCGGCCGCAGCGUUGGAAAACGAACAAUAUGCUCGUAUGCCCGCCCAUACGGAUUGGAGCUCGCUAACCAUGCUCUUCCAGGAUGACUGUGGCGGUUUGGAAGUGGAAAGCAUCGAGCGUCCUGGCGAGUUCAUUCCUGCCACCCCGAUCAAAAACGCCAUUGUUAUCAAUGUUGGGGACCUGCUCCAAAGAUGGAGCAAUGAUCACCUUCACUCAACCUCUCACCGCGUCACAAUCCCCCCUCUCAUUGAUCGCCUUGAGGGAGUCAACCGCAUGGUCAGGGAACGUUAUUCUAUUCCGUAUUUUGUCGCCCCGGACCCCACGUCAGUUAUUGAGUGCCUUCCCACCUGCACCAGCGAGAGUAAUCCUCCCAGAUACUUCCCCAUUUCGCAGGGCGAAUACAAUCGAAUUCGAUCCAUGAUGCACUACCCAAACCCAGCAGCCGAAGCCGGUGGUGGAAUAGCGUAUUGA